AUAUCGCAAUGGACUGGUCGGACCAUGCUUUAUGGUGGCCUGCCAGAAAUUAUUGGCUUGUUCGGACGAGGAGCACUCUUGACCAAUAUGGCGUCGCUGCAGAUGCAUUGUUGCACUUCACACCGAUGCACAAAACCCUCAGGGUUCAACUCCCGGACAUGCGGUGUCUCGACUGCAGAGUGGACUUUUCCGUAAAAACCUUCAACGCUGUUAUUAACCUUUGCAAAGAAUUGGGUAUCAGACAUCCAGAGGAACUGUCCUUCUGCAAGCCCCCCGAGCCGAACCAUUUGAAGCACAACUUAAAGGACAUACUAGAGAAGAAGAAAAUCGAAAAUCAGAAGAAUGGUCCCUGGCACGUCCCAGCUGAUACGAAUACCUUCAUCCCGGUUAGUCAGAGUCCCAGGGGAUCAACUGGGAGUCUGGACCAGAGCAGUCCCUUCAUGUGCGCUCCCGUGACGACCAACAACAGAAAUCACAGUACACCGAUCAGUUCACCAGUUUCACAAACCGGAACGUGGAAAAGGAACAACAACUCUUCCGGGUUCGGGAGCACGGGUUCGUUCAACGCGAAUAACAGUACGAUGAGCCUGGAAGCUUUAAACGGUGGAUUGUCGGAAUCUCUGGCACAAAGUCCUUCCUCGAUCUCGCAGGAAGUUCGCUCGAAGCUUGUGAGGCCUAAAAGUCUGGUGGAACGCGCCAGGAUGAACGUUGCUUGGCUGGACUCUUCGCUCUCCAUAAUGGAGCAAGGAAUCCGGGAGUUCGACACCCUCCGACUGAAGUUCAAGUUCUACUCGUUCUACGACCUUAACCCGAAAACAGAUGCGGUUCGAAUCAACAUGAUUUACGAGCAAGCCAAAUGGCAACUUCUGGCAGAAGAAAUUGACUGUACGGAAGAGGAGAUGCUGAUGUUCGCCGCUCUUCAGGUACACGUGCUGAUAGGAACUAGCAUUAAGGUGAAGUGA